CAAGCCCUAAUUAACCUAACCUCCCAGACCUCCGCUCGCCCCACGCCACCCCCAUCCGGAUCCGCCGCCAUGGCCACCGCUGUCGCCUCCCCCGCGCAGUCCCGCAAGACCGAGACCUACACCGACACCAAGCGCCGUGAUGACGUCCGAGGCCUCAACAUCGCCGCCGCGCGCGCCGUCGCUGACGCGGUGCGCACCUCCCUCGGCCCCCGAGGCAUGGACAAGAUGAUCUCCUCCAGCGACAAAGAGGUCAUCAUCACCAACGACGGCGCCACCAUCCUCUCCCGCAUGUCCCUCCUCCAGCCCGCUGCCCGCAUGCUCGCCGACCUCUCCCGUUCCCAGGAUGCCGCCGCCGGUGACGGCACCACCACCGUUGUUGUUAUCGCCGGAUCUCUGCUACGCCGCGCCCAGUCUCUCCUCUCUGCUGGUGCUCACCCUACUGCGGCCGCCGACGCCCUCCACCGGCUCGCCACACGCGCCGUUGAGGUUCUCCACUCCAUGGCCAUCCCCAUCGAGCUCUCCGACCGCGACUCCCUCGUCAAGUCCGCAUCCACAGCACUCAACUCCAAGGUCGUCUCCCAGUAUUCCAGCCUUCUCUCCCCCCUCGCUGUCGAUGCCGCCCUCUCCGUUGUUGAUCCCGCUCACCCGGACCUUCUCGACCUCCGAGACAUACGGGUUGUAAAGAAGCUUGGUGGCACCGUUGAUGACACUGAGCUCAUCCGCGGCCUCAUCUUUGACAAGAAGGCCAGCCAUGCCGCGGGAGGACCAACUCGGGUCGAGAAUGCUAAGAUUGCUAUUAUACAGUUCCAGGUUUCACCUCCCAAGACAGAUAUCGAGCAGAGUGUCAUUGUGUCAGAUUAUGCACAGAUGGAUCGCAUCCUCCGUGAGGAGCGUAAUUACAUUCUUGGGAUGGUGAAGAAGAUCAAGGCAUCUGGAUGUAAUGUGCUGCUCAUUCAGAAAAGCAUCUUGCGUGAUGCCGUUACUGAUUUGUCACUUCAUUAUCUUGCAAAGGCUAAGAUCCUUGUAGUGAAGGAUGUGGAGAGGGACGAGAUUGAGUUUAUCACCAAGACCCUGAACUGCCUGCCAAUUGCCAACAUUGAACAUUUCCGCGAGGACAAACUUGGUUAUGCAGAUCUUGUUGAGGAAGUCUCUGUUGGGGAGAGUAAGAUUGUCAAGAUCUCGGGCAUUAAGGAUAUGGGGAGGACAGCUACUGUGCUUGUCCGAGGGUCCAACCAGUUGGUUAUUGAUGAAGCUGAGCGCAGUCUUCAUGAUGCCCUUUGUGUCAUCAGGUGCUUGGUGAACAAGAGGUUUUUGAUUGCUGGUGGUGGUGCACCAGAAAUAGAGAUGUCAAUGCAACUGUCUUCUUGGGCAAAGGAGCUCCAAGGGAUGGAGAGUUACUGCAUCAAGGAGUUUGCUGAGGCACUUGAGGUCAUUCCGUACACAUUAGCGGAGAAUGCAGGGCUGAAUCCUAUCUCUAUUGUGACUGAGCUGCGGAAUCGGCAUGCCAAGGGUGAGAAGAAUGCUGGCAUCAAUGUGAGGAAGGGUCAGAUUACAAAUAUACUGGAGGAGAACGUUGUGCAACCCUUGCUGGUGAGCACAAGCGCCAUCACACUGGCUUGCGAGUGUGUUAGAAUGAUAUUGAAGAUUGAUGAUAUAGUCACUGUGAGGUAAGGUUUAUGUGGUGGAUGACCAUGUUGGCCUGCCUUAUUCCGUAUGGCAUUUUACGUAGCUCAACAUGUGAUUUAUAGUAGUCAAUUUAUUAGCGUGUUUUUCUGUCCGGAUGAUCAGAUCGUGUGGCUUUGAUGUCUGUGGAAGAGAAUUAUAUGAUGUAUUUUGCUCUACCUGGAUGAAACUAUCAACUGUAGCCAUCUGUUUUUACUUCA